AUGGUUGAUUCUGAACCAAAGUUCUUCAUCCCGGAGUCAAUCCAGGGCGUGAAUUUCGACGUGACGGCGCAGUUGAGGAUGGUGUGGGAGGUGAUAAAGGCGCCGCUGAUCGUGCCGCUGCUGAACGUGGCGGUGUACAUUUGCCUCGCCAUGGCCCUCAUGCUCUUCAUGGAGAGGGUCUACAUGGGCAUUGUCAUCAUCCUCGUCAAACUCUUCUGGAAGAAACCCCACCAACGCUACAAGUUCGAACCCCUCCAAGAGGAUGAAGAACUCGGCAACACCAAUUUCCCCGUCGUCCUUGUUCAGAUUCCCAUGUUCAAUGAAAGAGAGGUGUACAAGGUGUCAAUUGGAGCAGCUUGCAAUCUCUCAUGGCCUGCGGAUCGUCUCGUGAUCCAAGUGCUUGACGAUUCUACUGACCCUACCAUCAAGCAAAUGGUGGAGAUGGAAUGCCAGAGAUGGGCAAGCAAAGGGAUAAACAUAACAUAUCAAAUCAGAGAGACUCGAGGGGGGUACAAAGCUGGUGCUCUAAAAGAAGGCCUAAAACGAAGCUAUGUCAAACCUUGCGAGUACGUGGCAAUUUUCGAUGCUGAUUUCCGUCCAGAACCAGAUUUUCUCAGACGUUCCAUUCCUUUCUUGGUGGGCAACCCCGACAUUGCUCUUGUUCAAGCUCGUUGGAGAUUCGUGAAUGCUGAUGAGUGUUUAUUGACAAGAAUGCAAGAGAUGUCCCUGGACUACCAUUUCACUGUAGAGCAAGAAGUUGGGUCAGCUACUCAUGCUUUCUUCGGUUUCAACGGAACUGCUGGUAUUUGGAGAAUAGCUGCUAUUAAUGAAGCUGGAGGGUGGAAAGACAGAACAACAGUGGAAGAUAUGGACCUUGCUGUUCGUGCCAGUCUUAGGGGAUGGAAAUUUUUGUACCUUGGAGACCUCCAGGCCAAAAGUGAGCUUCCAAGUACUUUGAGAGCCUUUAGAUUCCAGCAGCACCGGUGGUCUUGUGGUCCUGCUAAUUUGUUCCGCAAAAUGGUUAUGGAGAUAGUAAGGAACAAGAAAGUUAAGUUUUGGAAGAAAGUGUACGUUAUAUACAGCUUCUUCUUUGUUCGCAAAAUCAUAGCUCACAUGGUCACCUUCUUCUUCUUCUGUGUUGUGAUUCCCCUCACAAUCUUGAUCCCUGAAGUUCAUGUUCCAAUAUGGGGAGCUGUUUAUAUUCCUUCUGUCAUCACCAUUCUCAAUUCAGUUGGAACACCAAGGUCCAUUCACCUUCUGUUCUAUUGGAUCCUCUUUGAGAAUGUGAUGUCUUUGCACCGUACCAAGGCAACAUUUAUAGGUCUCUUAGAGUAUGGGAGGGCUAAUGAAUGGGUUGUGACUGAAAAACUUGGUGACUCUGUCAACAGUAAUAACAAGAAUAAAUCAGGAGAUGCUGCCAAGAAGAAUAAUGUCACCAAGGCCCCCAAAAAGACUCGAUCCAAAUUUGUUGAAAGACUUAAUUUACUGGAGCUGGGAUUUGCUGCAUUCCUCUUCUUAUGUGGGUGCUAUGAUUUUGUGCAUGGGAAGCACAACUAUUUCAUCUACCUCUUCCUUCAGACCAUAACAUUCUCAAUUGUAGGAUUUGGCUACGUUGGCACCAUCGUGUAA